GGCCCUGCCUGUUCCCCCCUCCCCCACCAGCCGUGCUCCUGUUUCACUCAAAGAUGGCGUCGGCUCUGGAGCCCCUAGUCUCUGGCUGCAUUUUCAGGCUUGUUGUUGUCUUCGUUUCGCACCGUUUCGGCACCUUCUCCUCGGCGGCUCGACACCGAAUCCCGUCGUUUUCAGUCCAAGUUCAGUCGGCAUGAAGGUGGUCAGUGUUGGCUGCUCCCUGGGGUGACAUCUCUGCUGUGAAUCCCUGGCGUGUGACAGGUUUCAAAGGAGAAACGGGGAGAAGACGAGGAAUCGUGAACGCAGACAGAAAUCGUCUUCUGGGAUGUGAAAAAACAACGGGACACUUGCUGUGGUGCCCUUGUUUUUAUGAAUGAAACUGUUAACUCGUGUCCAGGAGACCAUGCUCGUCUCCCACAAGUCACUCUGAGAAUUGGCUAGUUCCCCUGCAGUAGGAAGCCAACUGAGGAACAAGGAUUUUUGUUUUUGUUUUUUUUUUUUUCUGUUUUGAAUUUUGCAAAAGUGGGAGAGGUCCUUUAUUUUUAAUUUUUUUUUUUUGUGUACAGACUCUCUCACCAUCGAGAUCUGCUGUCUCCUUUAUUGUGUACUGUUGGAGUUUAAGGUGUUAAUCGGCCUGAAAGCUCCCUCACUACCCCCUGCUUUUGGCCAGGGACCUUCACCUGGCUGGGAGUGGGUGGUGGGUGGGUCAGAUUUUACUGGGUGCAGGGUUGGCUCUGGGGGAUUGUGCUAUGAUCAGCUGCUCUUUUCCGCGCUGCUCAUACUCAGCUUCUGAGGGACUCUCUGUUCGACCCCAGGACAAGGGAUAGUAAGCAGAUAACGGGUAAAAAGGAGGAGGCGGCGGCGCUACGGCGCAGGCCAGGCAUUUCCUUGGCAUAAAGUCCCCCCCUCUUUUUUAAAUUUUUAUUUUUCUGAGUGGUUCUUGCAGUGAGGCCCUACGGCCCCUGCACCCACCCAGAACGCAGCCAUGGUCAAACUGGCAAACCCAAUGUACACCCAAUGGAUCCUAGAGGCGAUCAAGAAAGUGAAGAAGCAGAAGCAGCGACCGUCAGAGGAACGCAUUUGCAAUGCGGUGUCCAUGUCCCAUGGUCUGGACCGCAAAACGAUUCUGGAACAGCUGGAGCUCAGUGUCAAGGAUGGAACCAUACUGAAGGUCACCAACAAAGGUCUGAACUCCUACAAGGAUCCCGAUAACCCCGGGCGCUUGGCUCUGCCAAAGCCUAAAGGAGGUGGCAGCUCUGGAGGAGGCGGAGGAGGGGGCGGCGGCGGCAGCAGUGGCGUCGGCAUUGGGAGUUCCCACUCCCAUUCGGGGAAGAAGCCGGGACUCGACUGGAACAAGCUGAUCAAGCGGGCACUGGAGGGUCUCCACGAACCCGGCGGCUCCACCUUAAAGAACGUCGAGCGUUUCCUCAAGUGCCAGGCUGAUGUGGCGGCCUACCUGUCGGGCAGCGGCUCCAUGGGGCCCGGCCUCUUCCACCAGCAGCUGAGGGUGGCCCUGAAGAGGGCCGUGGCUCACGGACGUGUGGUUAAGCAGGGUCCACUGUUCCAGCUCAUCAGCCGCAGCAGCUCCCACGACGACGGGACCGGGACGGUAUCUCUGGAAUCACUGCCGCCUGUCCGUUUGCUGCCACACGAGAAAGACAAGCCGGUGGCGGAGCCCAUCCCCAUCUGCAGCUUCUGUUUGGGGACCAAGGAGCAGAAUCGUGACAAGAAGCCAGAGGAGCUCAUCUCCUGUGCCGACUGUGGAAACAGCGGCCACCCGUCCUGUCUCAAGUUCUCCCCGGAGCUCACGGUGCGAGUGAAGGCUCUGUGGUGGCAGUGCAUCGAAUGCAAGACGUGCAGCAGCUGUCAGGAUCAAGGCAAGAAUGCGGAUAACAUGUUGUUCUGCGAUUCGUGCGACCGGGGCUUCCACAUGGAGUGCUGUGAUCCUCCCCUCACUAGGAUGCCGAAAGGCAUGUGGAUUUGUCAAAUCUGCCAACCCAGGAAAAAGGGAAAGAAGCUUUUACACGAAAAGGCAGCACAAAUCAAACGGCGCUACAACGCACCGCUGGGACGGCCCAAGAACAGGCCGGGGCGGCCCUUCAAGAAGCUGGGGGGGCGCGGCCGGCGGAAGCGCUCGGCCUCGGCCCACUCGUCGUCCAGCUCGUCCUGCGAGGGCUACCCCGGGGACGACCGGCUGCUCUUCUCCAUGCGGGACGACGACGACCUCUCGCACGGCAGCCUGCGCUUCAACAACAAGACCAAGGGCCUCAUCGACGCACUCACCAAGUUCUUCACGCCGUCGCCGGAGGGCCGCAAGGCGCGGCAGGAGGUGGUGGACUACUCGCAGCAGUGCCGCAUCCGGAAGAAAGCCAGUCGCAAAGGAGAGGGGGACGACCGAGGGGGUGAGGACAAUCAGGACGGCAGCGACUGGCGUGACGAGGAUGAAAAACUUCCCGGGCACGAGAACCUGACGGAGAAAGACAUCGAGCUGUUCAGACACAUCCAGGAGCUGGCGCUACAGAAAGUCGGGGUGACCGGUCCUCCAGAUCCUCAGAUGCGCUGUCCGUCAGUCAUCGAAUUUGGGAAGUUUGAGAUCCAGACGUGGUAUUCGUCUCCGUACCCGCAGGAGUACAGCAGACUACCGAAGCUCUACCUGUGCGAGUUCUGCCUGCGCUACAUGAAGAGUCGAAGCAUCCUCUACCAGCACAUGAAGAAGUGCAGCUGGUACCAUCCUCCAGCCAACGAGAUCUACAGGAAGGACGACGUCUCUGUGUUUGAGGUUGACGGGAACGUGAGCACAAUCUACUGUCAGAAUCUGUGUCUGCUGGCCAAACUGUUCCUGGACCACAAGACGCUCUACUACGACGUGGAGCCCUUUCUUUUCUACGUGCUGACCCAGAACGACAGCAAGGGCUGCCACCUCGUCGGCUACUUCUCCAAGGAGAAACACUGUCAACAGAAAUACAACGUAUCAUGCAUCAUGAUUCUUCCACAGUACCAGCGCCAGGGCUACGGACGCUUCCUCAUCGACUUCAGCUACUUGCUGUCCAAGCAGGAGGGGCAGCCGGGCUCUCCGGAGAAGCCUCUGUCAGACCUGGGCCGGCUCUCGUACAUGGCGUACUGGCGCAGCGUCGUGCUGGAGUGUCUCCAUAAGGUCCGGGACCAGCAGAUCACCAUACGGCAGCUGAGCAAAGACACGGGAAUCUGCCCGCAGGACAUAACCACCGCCCUGCACAGCCUGAACAUGCUGGAGCAGCGAGGCGACAGGAUGGUUCUGGUCCGGCGAGAGAAGCUGGUGUCCAGCCACAUGGCCCGACUCAAAGCCCGCCCCCGGCAGCUAGAGGUCGACCCCGAGUGCCUCCGCUGGACGCCUGUCAUUGUGACCAACACUGUGGUGUCCGACGCCGACGAGGAUGACGACGACGACGACGAUGAAGACGACGAACGAGACGAAGACGCUCGCAAGGAGAUCAAGCCGAGUCACAAAGUCCCACCGAUGUCCUGGCACAUGCGGCACGGGAAGACGAGAGAGGAAGAGGAGGAUGAAGAUGAUGAGGAGGAAGAGGAAAGAAAGGGCUUCCUGGGGUUUCCCCUCAACCAGAGUACUCCUAUUGCCCCUCCGGUCCGUCCACCUCCCGUCGUAGAUCCGCAAAGACCGUCUCCACCCACAAACGGGGAGCGCAGGCCGAGGGGCCGCCCGCCCAAAAACUGGCACUGGGCUAAAGUAAAAGACGGCGCCCGGGUGGGGCGGCCCCCCAAGAUCCGUCCGGCGGAGGACGACGACGACGACGACGACGACGAGGACAGAACGGAGGGGGGGAAAGCCUCAGGUUCCACCAGCAGCCCGCCCUCCCUUUUCUCCCCGGAGAGGCAGAGCGACUCGACAGCUUUUCACUCACUGGACAUGGCCCGGCACCCCUCCAUAACCCCCACCCGGCGAGGCCGGCCCCCCAGGAAAAAGAGAGGCCCGAAGCCCAGGCUGGCCGAGGGGCCCGGGGACGGCCUCGCGCAGAUCCCCGUGAUUUCCAGGCUGAACGAGCCCCCGCCCGUCAGGAAGAGCUGCUUCAGUGAAAGCAGCGAGGACGAGGAGGAUGAAGAGGAUGACGACGACGAUGAAGACGACGACGACGACGAGAGGAGGGCGUGUUCCCCGCCCAUACUCACCAAACCAGCCAUGGGCCUCAAAUGCAAGAAGCCCCUGCGGAAGCGUCGUUUUCGUCCGCGCAGCCACCCUCACAGCAGCGUGGUGACGGAGACGAUAUCGGAGACCACCGAGGUGCUGGACGAGCCCUUCGUGGACUCGGACUCGGAGAGGCCCAUGCCCCGGCUGGAGGAGGAAACGCCCCUCGGCCACCCGCUCCGUCGCUACCCUCCAGCCAGAUCCGCCCUGAGACUGUCCGACCCGGCGCCCAAGAGGGGCCGACACUCCAACCUCACCGAUUCCGAGGAAGACGAUUUGAGGCCGCUGCUGAAGCCCGUCGCCGCUCUGUCGGCCGCCGCCUCAGACUCGCUCUCGGCCACUCCAGAAGUCCCGGUCAAGAAAAAGAAGGGCUGGCCGAAAGGGAAGAGCCGUAAACCCCUGCACUGGAAGAAGCGUGGACCCGGGAGACCCCCGGGCUCAGGAGGAGACGGUCAGAUCCCGGACGGGGAUCCUCCACCCCCCAAAAUCAAGAUGAAGCCUGGGCGCAAGCCCCGGAGCUGGUACCUGCAGCGCGCCCAGGAGGAGGCGGAGCGGCAGGAGAAGGAGAGACAGCGGCUCCUGGAGGAGCAGCUGGACAAAGACCCUCAGCUGCUCCAGUCCGACGACCGCAGCAGUAAGCGGCUGUGUCGAACCAGCCUGGACAGAGACGGCAAACAGAAAGACUCUGACGAAGAGGACGACUAUCUCCCCAAGCCCGUGGAGCAGAAGGUGCCCCGGCGGCGAGGCAGGCCGCCCAAGAACCGGCCCCUCCACCAGCCGCCGCAGCCCGCCCCCAAGCCGCCUCCCACCUCCGAGCCGGAAGAGGAGGAAGAGGACGAGGAGGACGAGGCCGAGAGGAACUGGGAGGAAGACAAACCCAGCCGCCCGCCGUCCCGCCCCCUGCUGUCCCCGUCUUCCUCCUCGUCCACGUCGGGGCCCCGGGCGCCGCCGUCCCGACCUCAGGACGCCGACAUGGGCGACCGGGAAGAAGACGACGACGAAGACGAGAGGGAGGAAGAGGACUUCGGCAGCAUGGGCGGCGGCGGCGGAGGCGUCAGCAGGCGGACGGCGGCCGCGCCGGGUUCAGGAAGCCGGCGGAGCGAAGACCACGACGCCGACGACGAGGGCGACGGACACCUGGAGGACAAGAACAGCAGCAGCAAGAAGAGGAAGAGCCAGGAAUCAGAAGAGGAAGACGAUGAUGAAGACGAGGAGGAGGAGGAGGAGCCCGCCUCGCGUGCGAACUCCCCUCCGGUGAAGGAGGAACCCCAAGGCGGAGAGGCUUUUUUAGACAUGGAGAACAGCGUGGCCCGGGAGUGCGUCGGCAAGCAGGAGGAGGAAGAGGAGGAGGAGGAGGAGGCGGCUGAGGAGGAGGCGGCGGCGGCGCAGGAGCCGAAGUGCCGGCCCUCUUCGGCCGACCCCCAGCAGGAGGAGCGGCGGCGGAGGGAGCAGGAGGAGUCCGCCGCCGCCGCCGCCGCGGUGGAGACGGUGACGGCCAUGUCUGUUCCCUCGGAGCCCAUGGAGCUGCAGCCGCUGCACCCGGACGACAAGGACGUCACGCUGCUGAUGGAGCCCGAGCACCCGCACGCCCACCCCCACCCCCACCAGCACCCGGACUUCAAGGAGGAGCACGGCCCCCACCACCCGCACCACCACUCCAACGAGCUGGACCUGGAGACCAUGCAGGCCGUGCAGUCCCUGACGCAGGGGGAGGCCCAGGACGAGGAGGCGGAGCCUCAGCAGCACCACGGGGCGUACCAGGACUGCGAGGAGACGCUGGCCGCCUGCCGGACGCUGCAGAGCUACAGCCACGCCGGCGAGGCCGAGGAGGAGGCGGCGGCGCUCACCUUGGUGGAGGAGUGCGGGGCGUCGCAGCACAGCAGCCCCCUGCCCAACCCCCCGGUGCCCCCCCUGCCCGGCCAGUCGGUGCGCUCGGUCAACAGCCCCGGGCUGCCGUCGGGCAUCGUGGACGCGGCGGCGGCGGGGCAGAGGGGCGGGACCCCCGGCCCGACGGGGACCGGCGGCGGCGCGGGGGGCAGAUACACCCAGAUCACUCCGGAGCACCCCAGCUCGCUGUCCGCCCCCUCGCAGCAGAACAUGGAGACGUCGCCGAUGAUGGACGUGCCGUCGGUGUCGGACCACUCGCAGCAGGUGGUGGACAGCGGCUUCAGUGACCUGGGCAGCAUCGAGAGCACCACGGAGAACUACGACAACCCCAGCAGCUACGACUCCACCAUGGGCGGCGGGGGCAACGGCGGGGGCACCGGGGGCAACGGCGGGGGGAUGUCGGCCGCCGUGGUCACCGGGGCGACCACGGCCUCGUCGUCCUCGGCGUCCUCGUCUUCCAGCUCCGUCACGCCUUCGUCGUCCUCCCAGUCCAACAGCUGCUCCUUCGCCCCCGCCCCCGCCCCCAGCCUCACGUCGUCCUCGGGGAACGCCGGCUCGCAGCUCGCCAUGGGCAGCUGCAGCCUCAUCCAGCAGACCGGCCCGGGCCCCAACACCGGCCCCGGCGCCGCCAACGUAGGCGGCGCCGUGCCUCAGCCCCCGCCGCCCCCGCCUCCGUCCAACACCCCCAGCUGUGGCAUCAAGUCUCCUCAGAGCUGCGGCGUGAUCGAGCGGCCCCCCAGCACCAACCAGCAGCAGCAGCAGCCGCAGAAGAAGGUCCCUCAGCAGCCGCCGCCGCAGCAGCAGCAGCAGCAAGCCCCCAACCCGCAGCCUCCGCCCUCGGCGCCGCCGCCGCCCCCGCAGCAGGCCCUGUCCCAGUGCAGCAUGGGAAACGGCUUCGCCUCCACGCCCAUGAUCAUGGAGAUCCCGGAGAGCGGCGGCGGCGGAGGCGGCCGCACGCUGUACGAGCGCAUGGGGCAGGACUUCAGCACGGGGGGGUAUCCGCAGCCGUCCGCCACCUUCAGCCUGGCCAAACUGCAGCAGCUCACCAACACCAUCAUGGACCCCCACGCCAUGCCCUACUCCCACUCCGCCUCCGUCACCUCCUACGCCACCAGCGUGUCUCUGUCCAACCCCGGGCUGGCGCCGUCGCCCCACACGCCCCUCCCUCAGGGCCAGCCCACCAUGACCCCGCCCCCCAACCUCAGCUCGGGCUCCAUGAACCUGGGCUCGCUGCAGCUGCAGUGCAACAUGCCGACGACCAACAUCGGGCUGGGCCCGCCGCCGCACACGCAGCGGCUGCAGGGCCAGAUGGCCACGGUGAAGGGCCACAUCUCCAUCCGCUCCAAAGCCACGCAGCAGCUGGCGCCGGCGCCGCACCAGCAGCAGCUGUACGGCCGCAGCUCGGGCGCCGUGGCCAUGCAGGGCACGCCGCGCACCUUGGCCGUGCAGCGCGGCAUGAUGCCCAACCUCAUGCCCACGCCGGCGCCGUACAACUCCAUGAACAUGACCCCCCUGAACGCCAUGUCGGCCGGCUACCGCAUGCCGCAGCCCAUGAUGAACAGCGGCUACCACAGCAACCCCGCCUACAUGAACCAGCCGGGCCAGUACCCCAUGCAGAUGCAGAUGGGCAUGAUGGGAGGGCAGGGUUACCCGCAGCAGCCUAUGCAGCCCAAUCACCACGGCAACAUGAUGUACACCGGCCCCUCCCACCACAGCUACGCCGGCGUCCCCAAACAGUCCCCUUACAUGAGCAGAUGAGCUCCCCAGAACUGUCGACGGUAGCGUGGGGCCAGAGCGGACGCUCGCUGUAUUCUUACUGUCCAUAACUCCUGCUCACCCGCUCCGGCGCCUCGGCGAGCGCCCGGGAGCGGCGCUGACUGGAGGCUGAGAGUCGUCGGGUUUCCUGUUUCUCUACAUUGUCAUUUUGUCCCUUUUUAUUUGGGCCCGUCCCCCCCGCCCCCUCCCGGCCGGCUGGGUGCGAGAGCGUUGGGUUAGGUCUGGAGGUUUCUGGGGGCGCGUGCGUGGACCUGGCGGCCCGCGCGGCCCUCUUGACGGCGCAGGCCCAGGAGGGGGGGGGCGUCCGCCUCCGGCGGUGGACGAGGAUGACGAGGAAAACACAGACGGUGCAGGAGCUCCGAAAGAACAGUGGUGAAGUGAAUAUAUCCAACAUGCACACAAUCUUCUAACUGAAAUAGGAAGCCUUACCUUGGAGAAAAAAAAACAAGACAUUUCAGGCGGACUGCUGUUUUCGUUUUGUUAAAAGAAUACUGUUGAACCUUAUUUUUGUUGUUGUUGUUUUUGUUGACUGUUUUUUGAAAUACUCGUGUGCAGUCCGACCUCAUAUAUGCUUUGAUCUUUAUAUGUGUGGCAUUGGAGAAGCGGGGGUGGGCGCGGUGACGCACACCCCCCUGAAGUGUUUCCAGAGUCUCUGUCUUCCCACACGGACAGUGUUGAACCAAAAACACAGCAAAGACGCAACGGAGACGAACGUGUUACUGUCUAUUAUAUAUCCAUAAACGAAACCAGUAGCAUUAUUUUCCAGUUUUCCGCCACUCUCAAAACGUUUCGAUGUAAAUAUCUGGUACUUCCCAAUAUCCAGCACACACACACACACACACAUACACACUUACACACACUCGCACGCACUCUGCCUAGCUGCCGCUGACGGCGGCUGGCUCAGGAAAGUCCAGCGUCCAGCUGUUUGAGUCCACACUCCACUGACAGGCUGCGCGGCGUCGGACCGGGCGGUGGGAUCUCCAUUCACCUGCUUUAAGGAGCCGUCGGCGAACCCAAGUGUUAGUGGCCCAAAGAGGUCGACCAGUCCGCUUUCCAACGGUGUAUUUUUGUUAAAACUGUAUUUUUUAUUUAGUUUUUUUUUUUUGUUUUCCUGCAAAAAAAAAAAAAACAAACAAAAAAAGACAAAAAAAUCAGCACUCCCAUUGGCUGGAGAGCUGGCAGCAGACCGUCAGGCCCUUUUGUGAAAGGUUGUGCCUGAACGCCCGAUCCAGUGCGCGGUCCGGCCCUGGGACGGAGGUCGGAGGUCGGAGAGGGGGGAAGCGCUUGACCUUGUACCAGUAUUGAAAGUCAAAAGAGGAGUUUUCUCAUUUCUCACAGACCCGACAUGCAUACUCCUCUCGGUGUGUAUCGUCCGUUCUGUACUUCUUCUUUUCUGUUUCCUCCUUUCGUUUCUGAAUUUUCUCAGACCGGGCAGCUUUCUUUUAUGACACAAGCUGACUCUUUUUGACUUUAGAAACCUAUUGUAGAGAAAAUGUUUUUUCUAUAAUAUAAAAGGAAAUUCUGACAUUGAUAUUGGUACUGUCAUUUUUUUCACUUCUGUUUCAGGAAACAAACGGAAAAAUAAUAAUAAAAAAAAAAAAAGACGACAUAUUUUUUAGCUGGCCUCUUGGGGUAUGGAUUACUAAGAAAUUCAAAAUUUAAAAAAAUUACCACUCACUUUUAGUGAAUUUAAGAUGCCUUUAACCUCUCCAUUCCAUCUCAUCUCUAGAGUUUUUCUAUCUUUGUGUAGUAUAUUGAUGCUAUUUUAAACAAAAGGACUACAAAUAUCUAAAGGUCACUUCUUUUUGUUUUUCUUAUUUCUUUUAUUUUUUACCUUCUCGUGUGUGUAUAGGAUGACUUCCUUACAUUUAAGAGGCAUGUACAAACGAGCUCCGUAUAUUUCUGUCUGUUUAUAUUGCUUCCCUUUUUGUAUCCUUUGUAAUUGUACAUGUUGCGUUGUAUGCUAAGAGAGAGCGCGAAAUAAAGGAGGGGUGACCGACCGACCGCCGGGCACACAGUGAAGGUUGAUCCGCGCUCCGCCGCCUCAACUCUCCACUCGGUCCCUGUAUGUAUUUCCAUUUAUUCGUUUUUAUUUUAUAUUUUUGUUUUCUUUCUUAGCAAGUACUUUCAAAGAACUCUGUACAUUUUAACAUAAAAUGGAAAUAAAUUAUGUUGAGCCAU